AGAUCCUUUAUGCAAUCGAAUACACGCACUUCACUUUCCGUUGGAAAUGUCAAGCCGUAAGAGGUGAAGAAACUGCUUCCUACAAGCCACGUUCACUCAGAUUAGUGUUGUGUAAGCAAUACUUUGUGCUCUUUCCAUGAGUCUUAAAGUCGGGAAAAAGAUGCCCGCUCAAGACAGUUCUUCGGGGAGAGAGAAAAAGAAAGGUGGAGGAUUUUUGAUGAGAGCUGCCAAAUCGAAGAAAGGCGACGAUGUUAGCGAGGAGCAGUUGCUUAACAAAGAUGUCAUAACUCCUGAAGAUAUUACAAAGCUAGACAAAAUCACACAAAAUUAUCUCAUCGAUGGGAGAGUUAACUUGUUCAAUAUCGACUUUACGAGGUUCAGGAUACGAGAUAUGGAGACAGGUUCGGUUUUGUUUGAGAUUAUGAAACCGGAAGGUGAGGAAGAUUCAAUAGAAUGCGACGAAGAAGACCAAAAUUCCGGAAGAUAUGUGCGGUACAGAUUUUCUAAAGAUUUUCUGAAACUUUCAGCUGUUGGUGCAACGGUUGAAUUCACAGUCGGCGAUAAACCAGUGGAGAACUUUCGUAUGAUUGAAAGGCACUACUUUAAAGAGAGGCUUCUGAAAAGUUUUGACUUCAACUUUGGCUUUUGUAUGCCAAACAGCAAGAACACGUGUGAACAUAUUUACGAAUUUCCACAACUCACAGACAGUGAAAUUCAAGAGAUGAUCAAUCAUCCAUAUGAAACCAGAUCAGACAGUUUCUACUUUGUUAAUGACAAGCUGGUCAUGCAUAAUAAAGCAGAUUAUGCGUACGAUGCAUAAAUCAUGUAAUAGGCUAAUUUUUUAUGUGAAUUUUCCGAUAUGGCCUUCCGCAUGUUAUUAAAAAAAUAAAAUCCCCGAACUAAGAAAACGCAACACAAGCUGUUGUUGCAAAGUGUGUGAGCAGAGUCCAGGAAGAUUGCAGGCCCGUGACCCGUGAACCGUGAGAGAAAAUUGUUACUUACAUCAUCAAAAUUAGAUAGAAUUCAAAGCAUGCUCUUAGAAUACGUCGUAUUCCCUUUUUUUGAUUUCUUUGAUUCAUCAUACUUCGAUUUAUUUCCUGAAGAUCAGGAACAAUUUACUGGACUCUGCCAACGUAUAGAUCAGAAAGCACCUCCCUUCCUUGUUUGCGACUGUUGCAAUAUGUACAUUCUUGAAAAUUUCAGACUUAUUUUUAGAUUCAUUUAAACGAAAAUGGUAUACGUUAUCCCAUUCCGAAUGAUGACUUGAUGCUACCAUUCCGUCUCAUUGGACGUCUUUUAUUUUAAUGUUUUCGAUUUUAGGCCCUGGGUUACAUUAACUUUUCAAAAUGUUGCUUAUAAUGAUCCUUGAUCGCAGGGCGUAGAUAUUCAGUUUUUUGCGUUCCUGACUGUUCUUGUUGUGCAUACAUAUACAUGUAAAGUGAAUUUGCAUCUCGAGGCCGAACACUUUAAAGUUAAAUAUAUUGAAAAAAAAGGGUCCGAUCAAUCAAACCCUGUUGUAAAUAGGCCUUUUGUUAGAUAUCGUAAUGCGAAGCUCAAUGCAGUGAGGGAUUCCAUGAUUAGAAAUACCCGAAGCACCUUGUAGGAUUUUUGAAAAAAACAUUUGUUCUGGCAAGUCCUAAAGCAUUGUAAAGAAUCACUUUAUGUAGCACAUUCCAUAUAAACAAUUUAUCCCGCCAUGCCCCUAUAUGACGGUUACCUGUCAUUACUAGAUGUUGGUCCAUGUUUCUGAGGUGCAUGUAAAGCACCAUCAAAUCAUUUUUAACAGUCACGUAACACCUUGGCAGUACACAAGUGGUUCGUCAAAAUCGUCCUUCCAUUCAGUCGUGUUACAUAAAAUUUGUUAUCAAAAUAGAUUUCUCAAAUUAAUCUUUUAAGCAUUUUAAAAAUAUUUCAGCAGAAAAAUGACAUUCUCACAGAAAACUGUUUCAUCUUGUGGGAUUUAGCCUAUUUCUCACAAAAUCCUAAAUCAUCUUAAACAGAUGUUAUGCAAGAUAACACUUAUUCCCAGCUGCCAUCGCUUUAUUAAAGUUCUUCGCCUCUUGCCACCUGUCCACCGCCUACUGAAUGCUUUGUUGAAACCAACAGCUUCUUGAGAUUAAGCCUGUUUCGCUAGCAUAUCACUUCUCGUAUACUGUGUUUAAAAAUCCGCCCACCGCUGUAUUUCUGAUAUGAUUUUUAGUUUGUUAUUUCAAGGCAUUCUUUUUACGUUUACAGUUUUCAAUUCUGAGAUCAUUCAAUUCUAAUAUUGUCCCGUUGCUCGAUUUAGAAAGGGAAAAAUCAAGAUGCAACAGGAUUGAUUAAAGUAGCCGGUUGCCUUCUUGCUCAAUUUGAAAACCAACAUCUUAGUAAUAUAGUUCUAGUGACACCUAGACCUGAUGGAAUCGUAUUGAGUCUCCUGUUUUUAAUUCCUGUUUAGUAUUGAGUAAUCAGUUUAAUUCUUAGAGCAAGAUAAAACGCUGGAAUCUUAAGUAUAGUUUGAGUUGAUUUUAUACAGCAACUUAUUAUUUUUGUGGAAAUUCAACACGAGAUUCAUUAUUCUCGUUUACUUUUGAAAGGAUUUCGAACGCCGUGUUGCUUAUCUCACUCCUUCUGAUCCUGCGUAAUUUAUUCUUUUAAUUCAUUCUGUUUGUAUGUGAAUUUGGAACUAAUAUUCCUUCAACCCCCUCCCCCCCCCUCCCCACACCCUACCUUAACACUUGCAAUCCCCGUGUCAGGAUUUUCACAGGUAGCUGCACUCUCUGUCCAACUAUGGAUAGAAUGUAAAUCAUGUGAUAAUUAUCAAAGGGCAUUUCGUUGUUAAUAUUCAUUCUUUAUAUUUUGUCUUUUAAACACAAAAUGUAUUCACGCUGAAAUUUUUUAAAAACGUUUCUUUGUCAAGUAAUUUUUGAAUUUUAAGUUUCCCCUUGCUUUCUUUGUUUGGUAAACAUUUUUCUCGUUAAUUUUGGGUAUAGAAUUUGUUAAUGUCAA